AUGCUACCUAAGACGGAGUCAGACUCACUGGAAGGUGACGCUGCCACACAUGGACUGCGGGAAAAUGUGCGAUACAUUACUGGCAUGGAUGCCGCUGGCAAUAGCGUUAUUCUGGCGUCUCCAAGCCUAAGGUUUCAUGACCGCGGAGGCUACGCAAUCACCGCCAUCUACAACCUGGAAAAAAUACCGGCAAAUAUCGAAAAUAACAGCGAUAUAACAUACUAUAUGGCUUCUCAAGAGCCCACCCCUGCCAAUCAAUACAGUCCCACCUCCUUCCAACUCGUCAUCCCAGGCGGUGCGAACUUUGUCCAGGGAGAUUUUGGUCCAUCCGCAUGCUCUGCGUGGCACAGGACAUUAUCGGUAGACUUUGUUACGGUGGUACAGGGUGAGUUAGUCUUGGAAGUUGGAGACGAUUGCGCGAAUGCCAGCCAGGUGUCUUUGCAAACGGGUGUAAGUUAA